UAUAUAUGUUACCUGAGUUUUCCAUCUAAGCAGUUAAAUUGUAAGCUAAUUCAAGACAACCGAAACCUGUGAAGGUAAUUCAUAUAAUUGAUCAAUUAGUAUGUACCACCAAAACCAAAAAGUCCUGUAUAAAAAAGAAGCUGUAUUUAAAAGUAAUAAGUUUUAGCAUCUUAACAAAAAGCUGUAACAAAAUCUAAAACAUCAACAGAGAGACUUACUCGAAAAGUUUCAGAGGAUUUCUAAUAAGAAGCCUAGUAAUAGCAAGUAGUUACUAUAGAAGUGCAGUAAUAAAAAAUGAUUAUGAAUAUGGAUGAAAGAUACUAAUAUUAUGAAAAUGAAGCUAAAAAACGAUAAAAUGUGAUAGAUGUUUGCGAUGGAGUUCAAUUUUAUAAACCAGUAAAACCAGAUGAAAUGCCUAAACCUCCAAAACCAAAAAAGUAAAAAUCAAAAAUAGAAAAUGUUAAAUAAAUAACACAAACAGAGAAAUCUGAAAAAUAAUCAGUUUCUUCUGAUUUAUAGCACUCUUUACACUAAUCAAAAUCUCUUUAUAAUUAAAUAAGUUCAAAAGAUUAACAAUAAUCUACUUCUACAUUAGUUGAAGAUUAUUAAACACAAUAAAUAUCUGUUGAUCCUAAUUUUUUAGUUUAAGGAGAAGUUGGCGGUUAUUAAAUUGAUGAAAAUUAAUCAUAAAUGUUUGGUUUUGGGUUAACAGAUUAUAUAAAAAGUAAUGUAAGGAUUUUCUCUAAAUCAAUAGAAUCAUAAGAAAGAACUUGGAGAAAAAGAUGUUGCAGAUGAAGUUAAACCUUAAUCAGAAUCAGUUUAUACAUAUUAUGAUUACUAUCCUCCUAAUGCUAAUGGAGAAAUACCAAAACCAUUAUUGGAAAGUGUCAAUUAUAUGAAUUAUCUUAAAGAAUAAUAAGCAUUAUAAGCUUAAUAAGCAUCAGAAGGAUAAUAACAAUAAUAAUAACAAUAAUAAAAUAAAAUUAAGUGA